CUAGCUGCUGUUCAAUGUGAGAAACUUUGUCCCCAUUUUUUUUUAAAUAGAAUUACCAUUAUUUUAAAGAAACAUAAUAAAUUAUGCAUUUUUGGAGAAUUAUGAAAAAUAAAUUAUGCAUUAUUCGUGAUGACGUCAAUUAAGAAGACGCCAUAUUUAUUAUACAUAAUAAAACGAAGAACGAUAUUUUUAGACUUGGGCACUGUUCAAUAUGGAGAGCAUUAUUAUCUUUUCUCUCAAUUCAAAAAUUAUUUUUAACAAACUUCAUAAAGGGAAUAUGGAGCCUAAUAAAUAGAUUAUAAAGUCAAAAAGGAAAAAAAAAAGAAUGUGAAUUAGAAGAAGAAUAAAGAAAAAGAAAAUAAAGAUGAUCGCGUAGAAGAAAAAGUUUGUUUUGAUAAUAUUUGUUAAAUAACAAAAAAAUUUUUGCUACCAGUGUUUUUGUGUUGUGCGCAGUUAUGUGCGCAGCUGAAAUGUGAAUUAGAGGGUGGAUUUUAACAGCUUAAAUAUUUUGCCACACUAGACGAAUAUUUGAUUAAAAAACACAACACGUUGUAGCUAAGAUAUGAAUACAGUAUAAAACACAACUGACCUUAAUCGAAUUCUUCUUUUUAUCCUGAAUGCCUUAUAAAAUAUUCAGGUAAAGAGAAUAGGAUCGGUCAAAUCAUAAAGAAUGCAUUUGAUAGAAAAGUGAACAAACAUUUCUCGCGCAGUAUUGAGAGGCACGAAAAAGAAAACUCAAAAAGGAUACCAGUUAUCAAGAUGGCUCAUCAACAACUAGCUUACGCCAAAAGAUGUUUUAUACAAUUUUUUAUUUUGUUUUUUCUGACUGUAAUUUACGCAUCAUUGGGGGCGUGUUUAUUUCUCUAUAUCGAACAUUGUUACGAUGUCGUUCCAGCGGAUUUGAGUUUAAGCGAAAAGAUUGCGGAGAAGCUUUGUAUGUAUUUGAAACUCUCUUCCAACACAUCCCAAGAAAACUCGACCUUGCAUCGAAACUUUACAGACGGGUGCAAAGCGUACGAGCUGAGCAAAGUGGAUAUCACGUGUAUCUUAAACGGUGACAAUUUUACCAAGUGGUUCAAGUACACCAUGUCGGCCAUCUAUACUAUAGGUUAUGGCGUUAUUGUUACACGGUCUGAUCUUGGUAAAAUAGUCACCAUGCUGUACACUCCACCGGGCCUUGCGCUUGCUGUUGGGUCAUACAUUCCAGCCGGGAACGGACUAGUUGCUUUGACAACCGCAUUUGUUCAUAUGUUCGAAAGAAAAAUAAUGAAGGCAAAAGAAAUAAAAUGCUGCGAACUGAAAGUUCUUUUUAUUCAAACAUUUCUCUCCAUCGCAGUUGUUAUUGGCAUAGGCGCUUGGGUCACUAUUGAUGAUUUAGAGAAUUACAGGUUCCUGGAUGGAGUGUAUUACGCGUUUAUCACAGUGACAACGAUUGGAUUCGGAGACUUUGAAUGGAAGUUUGAAUUGUAUUAUAAAAAGCUGCAUUUAUUUCUUUUUACUGCUACUUUUUACUCGAUUGGACUUGGCUUGUUCGCUUCGCUAGCCACCAGUAUUAGUGCUUGUGUCAGCAAAUAUUCAUACGUCUUUAAAAGUUGUUGUCGGAAACUUAAAGAGCACGAAGAAGAAGAGCAAGUAGCAUAAACAAUGUAAAUGCGACAACGUCUAAGUUACGUCACCAAUUUAGGACGGAAAAAAUUCUAAGCCAGUGCCGGAGAGUAUAGAAAGACAAUUUGUACAGCAGACAAACAUUAUUCUGCGAAACGACGGACUGUCGAUAAAGUCGACAAUAUGCUCAUGUACCAAUCUUUCAAAAUCAAAAGCAAGCUAUUGUCACCAGAGUCGAAAACACACUGAGGAAUUGUCGUAUACUGUAGAAAUCGAGGAUUUAUAUAAACUGUAUAAUAUGGUACAAAACUAAAGGAAGCUAUUGACGUAAAAGUACAAAAUAAACCGAUAUCGGUCGUAAAAAUAAAAAAAAAACCGACAUGCAGUCAUAAAAAUCAAAGACAGACCGAUAUACGGUCGUAAAAAUCGAAGACAAACCGAUAUACGGUUGUAAAUAUGGAAGAAAAACCGAUACACAGCACUAAAAAUGAAAGACAAACCGAUAUAAAGUCGUAAAAAACGAAACCAAACGGAGAUGCAGUCAUAAAAAUCAAAGACAAAGCGAUUUACGGUCAUUAAAAUCGAAGACAAACCGAUAUACAGUCAUAAAAAUCGAAAUCCAAACAAAAGAAUGUGGUACAGCAUUCAAUAAAAGUCGCGUCUCAACACGAUAUUAGAAGCGCGCAACCUAGAAAUACAUAUUUUAUUAAAA